AUACUGUUUGCCAUAGAUUUAUUGCAUUGAUCAAUUAAGCACUCAUCCUUUAGCCAUCAUGUCUGCCAGAUUUACUCGUCUCAUUCGGUUUUUGGCCAAGGAUGGCCGCACAUAUUACGGCGAUGCCGUUUUGCCUCAGGGGGUCAGCGAUGUUGCCAAAGCUCAGAGAGCCCGUAUCAUCGAAGGCGACAUCUUUGGCAAGUAUAAUGUGACGGACCAAGAAGUUGGCGUUCGGCUGCUGCUCUCCCCCUUGGCACAGUCUCACGUCAAGACUGUUCGAUGCCUGGGGCUCAACUACGCCAAACAUGCCAAAGAAUCCAACUUGCCAGAGCCUAAAUAUCCCGUCUUGUUCUAUAAGCCUAUCACAGCUCUGUCUGGCCCCGUCGACCCCAUUCCCGUUCACUCAAUGGCCCAGGAGGGGACCGGGUUGGACUAUGAGUGUGAGCUUGUUGUGGUGAUUGGCAAGAGAUGUACAGAUGUGUCCGAAGCCGAUGCACUUGAUUAUGUACUAGGAUACUCCAUCGGUAACGAUGUCUCUCACCGAGACUGGCAACUCAAGCACGGAGGAAGCCAGUGGUCUAUUGGCAAGGCGUUUGACGGCUGGGCGCCUUAUGGCCCGGCCAUUGUGACGGGCGAUGUCAUCAAGGACCCUCAGAAUCUGAAGAUCUGGACCAAAGUCAACGGACAAACCGUCCAGGACGGAAACACGGCAGACAUGAUUUUCGGUGUGCGACAAAUGAUAUCCUUCCUUAGUCGCGGCGUGACGCUGAUGCCUGGAGACAUCAUCUUCACCGGAACUCCCGAAGGCGUAGGCAUGGGCCGAAAGCCGCAGCUGUGGCUCAAGGACGGCGAUGUCGUCGAGGUUGGUCUUGAAAGUGUUGGCACGUGUACCAACAAGGUGGAGUUUGACGCUCCCAGAGCUAAAAUCUAGACGGAUGAGGGUCAGAAGCUAUUUUGAUUACGAGCAUCUACGGUUUAGCUCGAUGGAUGCGGCAGGUGUUCGUGCUAGGUGAGGCUCCAGGGACAUGAAGAGAGAUUUCAGGUACCCGACAUGCAUGUGGGUUGCUGGCCUCAUACAGUAUAAACGUGCACGAUGAAGGAAGUGUUUAUUACCUGCCAGGGGCGAUUGAUAUUUGGUCCGGGUUUUCCUGCUAUAGCUAUUAGAUACCUAUUACCUAUUACCUGUUACGUGGCUGGUAGAGUGGUUUUUGAUAGAGAGAUAUCUCCCAUCACCACAUAGCUUCUUCCCGUAUUAAAGGCUAUAUCGCAACUUAGGUACUAUACCCAAGCAGGGCGACAGAAAGACACAUGGAUUUCCCGAUAUUGACGCAUCCUUCU